AUUCAUUAUAUUUUGUUAUAAAUAUAUUAUAAUAUAAAUUAUAAUAAAAAAAAUGAAAUAUUUAAUAGUAUUUAUUAUUUGUUUUUCUCUAUUGCUUUUAAGAGGAGAUGCAUUCUCACAUUUUGAAACAAUAGAUGACAGCGCAUAUACAACCGAUGAAGGUUUUGAACACCAUCAUUGCUGGCACAAAGGAUUUGACGGUUAUAAUACAGAAUUUGCUCUUUCUAGUUUUAAUACUUACUAUCCAACACCAAAAGGAAUUAUACCAGCCUCUUUUUAUGAAGGUGGUGUAAUUGAUGUUAGUCUAAAAAAACAAAUGAUGUAUGUACAUUUUGGAGUUGUUGCUAAAAAAGAAGAUGGUAGUAGUCUUGUAUUUGCAGGAAGAUUAUAUACCUAUGGUGAAAAUUCUACACAAUAUGUUAUAAUGAAUGGUUCAUCAACAUGCUAUGCUAUGCCUCUUCAAUAUCCAUUCCCAAAGGAGUGGCCAAAAGUAAAAAAAGUAGGCUCCACAGUAUUAGGUGAUGUAGAAGUAGAUGUUAUUAUAAUGAAAAAUAAUAAUAUGACAGGAUAUAAUAUGACUAGACAAUGCUCUUUAAUUAGAAAAGGCUCAUGUGCACCAUUGUCAUCAAAUAUUGGAAAUGCAGAUAAAAAUGAAUUAGGUUUUUCAUUAAUGAAUUUCUACCGUUAUGAAGGCAAACCCAACUUAACAAAGAUUCAAUUACCACAAGAAUGUUAUGGUGUAACCCCAUCCGAUGAAGUAUUCCAACCAACUCAAUUCGAUGAUGAUGAUGAACUAUCGUUCUUUGCCAAUCAAGAAGAUGAACAAUUUGAAGAAACUGAUGAUGUAACCAACCAAGAUGAGCCACAAGAACAAACAUUUGGAAUUCACAAAAAUCUUGACAUUAAUAAUAAUAACCAUCACAAUAGACACCAUCGUCCACACCCACAUCAUCGUCGUCCACAUGGUCACCCACACGGUCACCCACACGGUCGUCAUCCACACCAUGGACACCACCCAUACCAUCCACACCACAUUACUAAAGAUGGGGAAUUUAUUUAUUAUCCACAUGCUGCUGAUCUUGUUUUAAUUCAUUAAACUCAAUUAAUAUCCCAAAUAAUAAAUAGUAUAUAUAAAUAAAAUAUCUCUUUAUCUUAUAAUUAUAUCUAGAUAAUCAUAUUAUAUUUCAAUUAAUAAUAUUAUUAUAAAUAAAAAAAUAAAAAUACAAAAAAAUAUAUAU